AUGCAGAAGACUGGAGUUCAGGCUGAGGGGAAGAUGAGGAUUUCGGUUCUGGCCAUUAUGAGUUUGAAGUCCAAAAUGUUUUCAAAACUUCCGGGUGCCCAGAAGUGGGAGGAUGAGGAUGGGCGGAGCGCGAGAAGGAUCAGACUGAGGUCCUUCUCUGGAUGGGAAGAUCUCUUUGGGGAUGUAGAUGCCCGGGUCGCGGGAGGCUGCCGUGCCCCUCCGCCCCGCGUCACCGCGGUUUCCGGAAACUCCACGCCCCCCGGUCCUCCGUUUCCCUCCUGGUUCCGGAAAAGCGCAGCCGAGCGGGCUGAGCGCGCUGGCCGGCCUGGAAGCAGCUUCAGCCGCCGGGCGGAGCGGAGGGGCCAGGCAAGAGCGAAGCGCUUUGUUCCCUGUUUGAUUCCCGCGCCUCCGGGCAGCGGAGAGGCGCUGAGCCCGGUGGCGCGCGCGUUGCGGGGACCUGCGUGGGGGCGGGUCUGCGCGGCGGCGGCGGCGGCGGAGCGCGCAGAGCUCGUGCGCCCAGCAGAGGCGCCGGCCACCGCGCGCGCCGAGGCACAAAGGCUGGUGUGGAAGCCACUGGCGAGGCGGAAAAAGGAAAGCGAAAGCCUCGGCGGGGCCGGGGCCGGAGAGAAGGCGCCGCGCGGCGCUCCCAACACCGGCAGUUCCCGGGGCUGCCCUCCGGGGAGCCCUCGGAGUCCAAGUUCAAGGGGCUGCGGCUGGAGCUGGCCGUGGACAAGAUGGUCACGUACAUCGCCGUGGGGCUGCCCCUGCUGCUCAUCUCGCUGGCCUACGCGCAGGAGAUCUCCAUCGUUUUUCCCCUACAUCCUGUUGCUGGUCGCCAUCCUCCUGUACCUGCCCUCCCUGUUCUGGCGUUUUGCAGCUGCUCCGCAUAUUUGCUCAGAUUUGAAGUUCAUCAUAGAAGAACUUGACAAAGUUUACAACCGUGCCAUUAAAGCCGCGAAGAGCGUGCAUGACCGCGACCUGAGAGAUGGUACCUGCUCAGUUCCUGGUUCUAAUGAGAACGUAGGACAAAGUUUGUGGGAGAUAUCUGAAAGCCACUUCAAGUACCCAAUUGUGGAACAGUACUUGAAGACAAAGAAAAACUCUAAUAAUUUAAUUGUCAAGUACAUCAGCUGCCGGGUGCUAACACUCAGCAUUAUACUGUUAGCAUGCAUCUACCUGGGCUAUUACUUUAGCCUCUCCUCCCUGUCAGAUGAGUUUGUCUGCAGCAUCAAAUCAGGGAUCCUGAGAAAUGACAGCACCGUCCCCGAUCGGUUUCAGUGCAAACUCAUCGCAGUUGGCAUCUUCCAGUUGCUCAGUUUCAUUAACCUCGUGGUUUAUGUUCUGCUGGUUCCCGUGGUUCUCUACACGCUGUUCGUUCCUUUCCGGCAGAAGACAGAUGUUCUCAAAGUGUAUGAAAUCCUGCCCACUUUUGAUGUUCUGCAUUUCAAGUCCGAAGGGUACAAUGACUUGAGCCUCUACUACCUUUUCUUGGAGGAGAAUAUAAGUGAACUCAAGUCAUACAAGUGUCUUAAGAUACUGGAGAAUAUUAAAAGCAACUGUCAGGGCAUCGACCUAAUGGUUCUCCUGACUAAUCUUGGCAUGAUCAAGAUGGACAGUGUUGACGGCAAAACUCGCAAGCAGUCUGAGAUGAUGGGAGAGCAGCAGGGGAACCAGAUGGUAGAGCUCAAAGAUUUGAAUGCACACAGUGAAACUAAAGCAAAUAAUGGGGAGAGGAAUGCUCAACAGAGACUCCUGGAUUCUUCUUGCUGAUGAUCGUUUUCAGGAACUUCAGAGCCGUGACUCCUGUGGCGUGGGAUUCAUUUUGGCUGCAGCGCCUCUGUGAGGUUUCAGCUGGUUUGCAGUAAAUGGCUCUUGGUAAUGGCAGACACGACUUACGGAGUCCCUAAUGAAAAUGAUGGCCCUCCGCAUGCUGUGCGAGAGCCGUUCGUGCACUUCCUUUGAGAAGCAAUGCAGAGAUGAGUAAGCCACAGCAAGUAUGUGAGCUCUCAUCAGGUGAAAAGUGGAAAGACUAAUCAGAGUAAGAGUGGUAGCCCUUUUAGUGCCUCAAAGCAACACCUUUCUGUAUAGAUGGUGCAAUGAGACUCAGAGCUACGGGAAAGCAAGGACCUCGGGAGACUGUUGUUUUGUUUUGUGAAAUAAUAAGCAUGUCAGAAUACACUUCAGUAUGAAUCUCCUACAUGCCCUAAUGACUGCUGGACAAGAAACCGUCCACUGGCUGGACCCAGAGGUGGACCUGCUCUUGGCCUUGUCCUGAACUGGGAGAAAUGCACACCCUGGCUCUCUCUGCACUGCCACCUGAGAGCCUUGGCUAACCACACUAACCACUAUUUGUUGCAGCCUGUAUGGAGGGCACCCGCCCAUGCACUGCUCUGCCUGACAAGUUAGUUUGUAAGACAGAGUCUAAAGGGUAUUGAAUUGUGACUUCUGUCCCGGAAAGAAUGCUUCUGAAAGAGCCCGUGGGGAAAUCUGAACUUUCAGCCCAGGUUUAUUUCAGGCACUGUCGCAAGGGGCAUUCACAGCACAGCCCCUCUUAGCAGAAGCAUUUGAAACGGUGUUACUUAAACAAAUUAACUGAAUGCCGAAUGCCUAAAGUGAGGGACAUUUUGCCUACUGUGAUCAGAACAUAUGACAGCUGCCAUACCGUGUGCCUGGAGCCAGCACAGCUUAGCAGUGUAUUUUAUUUAUAUUUAAGUACAUCUUUUAUACAUUUAUUUUAAUUUAGUGUCAUAUGGUGUCAGAAUUGAGGCCAUUGGGGAAGAACAUUCUAACACUGAUGGAGAAUUACAGAAUAAAUGUGACAAAAGGGUACAUAUUAUAAAUCCAAGCAUUAUUUUGUAAACAUUUUCAAGCCAAGAAUAUAUAAAAACUCUAACCAAUUCUGACCAUGUAAAGACAUCCUAACUAUGUUUACAUUUUAUACAAACUUUUGAAAAAUGACAUCUGUGGACCUCUCCAUCUUCAUUCUUAGAAAGCGAACACAUUGCUAACGCGAGCAAUCCUCAGGAACCUCAAAGUUUACAUGUGGCUCUUAGGGACAGUGUUGACCUGGUGUAAUGACGGUUUUGUGAAGAACAAAAGUUACAUAAGCUGCUCUUUGUCUUUCAGAAUAUUCACAAAGGCAGGUUUCAUUUGUGCUUCUGUGAUGGUUUCUGCAAGGAAGAGCUAAUAAUAAUCAAGGAUGCAAUUAAUGCUUUAAAUUAUUCUUAUUAUGUGAUAUUUAUUACCAUUAAAUUAUAGUGGAAAUGGCAGUGAUCUAAGUAACCAAUUUUGCUACAUGUUCAUGUCAUUGUAUCUGAGAUGUUCAAUCACUAUACUCUACAUUCAUUGCUUUUUAUAAUUUGAAAAUAUAUGCUUUUCUACGCUAUGCUUUUCUUUCAAAAAGCCUCAUCUUUUCUGUAGACUGUCCCUGAUUUACAGUGUUUUGAAGCAGUAAAGUGGAUACAUUAUUUAGGAGACAGGAACUCUAUAAGUCCCACCAUGUGUCAUCCUUCCAUCAGAGUUAUAAUUGGCUUCUGUUCAUGUCCCCGUUCCCACUCUCUGAGCUCUGAGAGGGUCUGUGACACUAGUCAAGUCACCGACUACGUGGGCAUGAAAAAGACAGGUCCCCAUCUUUGAGGAGUGCAGAGUCUAGUAAAAGGCAGGGAAGACAGAGGCAGGUGCAAGAAGAAGAGGAGCCGCAAUAAAGGCCCUUCCAGAAAACACACAGCGGGUGCUCUAAGCUCCUGGGAAACACCCUGUCAUUUUUCUCUUUUUCAUAGUGUCUGUGGCUGAUGGUUUUGAGAGUCUAGUUACAGUUUUCCCCAGAGGCUCUAUAGCCACGUGUCCCCCAGGUUGAAGCCUGGACUAAACCGUGACAUAGACGGUGAUUUUGAACAGUCAAGAGCUCCAAUCACUCCAAUCAUC